AUGUCUCCAUAUAAAAUUAAAAGAUUCAUUGAUACUAGUACAUUAUCAACAUUAUCUUCUUCAACAAUAAUAUCACAAACACCAUCGACAACCUCUUCAUUAACAUCAACAACUCCGCAAUCAACAUUACAAUUAACAGAUCCGAUAGACAUUACAAAAGAAGUCUUAAAACCUACAUUUUCAAAUGAUGAACAAGAAAUUAAAGAUGACGAAAAGGUUCAAGAUAAAGAUGAAAUAAUAAAUGUUAUAUUGAAAAGAACUCCGACUACCUUUUCAGUAUUUAAAGAAAUGGUUGAAACUGAAGUUGACAACACAUUUAUCGGAAAAUCUGAUGGUAAUAUAAACAGUAAUGUUAGUAACCCAAGUGGGAAUGUUAAUAGUAAUGUUAAUAUUAAUAUUAGUGAAGGUGAAAUAAAUAGAAAUCUUAAUAAUGAUAAGACAAAAAUCUACUUAUCAGAAGAACAAUCAUUGUCAAAAGAUCAAGUUGAUAAUCCUAAAACUUUUUCAUUCAAUCCUUUCAAAAGAAAAUCAUCAUCAAUUAAAUCAAUUAAUAAUAAUUAA